AUGCUCCAACUUCAAUCCAACGUUGCCCGACAAAGACAACAAUUAUACCAGAAUAUGCAGCAAGAUGAAGCUCUGUCUAUACUGAAUGAUUUCAAUGAAAUUUUACAAUCUGAGGUCUACGUAGAUCUCGAAAGACUGCGGAUACUAGCUCGACAUGGCAUUCCUGCUGAAUUGCGUGGGGAGGUCUGGAAAUUUCUUUUGGGUGUAGAGCAAGCAGAUCGAUCCAAAGAAUUGUCCAGCUCCAAGGCCAGAAGUGAAGAGUAUGAUCAAAUGGACAAAACUGACCCAGAAAUAGCUAGAAAAGUUCGAGGAGAGGUUUCUCGGUAUCAAUUACGAACACCUGAAUUGGCCGGAAAACACUAUACUGAGCGAUUCGCAAAUAUAAUUACAGCAUUUCUGAAUACAAAUCGAGAUGUUGAAUAUCACCCAGCACUGGUUACUUUGAGCGCACCAUUUAUACAUGCACUCGAGAAGGAAUGCGAUGCUUAUUUUUGCUUUGAGCGAUUAAUGCAAGCCAUUGUGGACGAAUACGAUACCCAUAACACCGUGAAAGAACAUGUUGCCAACUUCAUGACGCUUUUCCGAUAUGUUUUACCAGACUUACGAAACUACUUUGAAGAGGAGGAAGUUGAUUUAAAUGAAUUCACAACAUCUUGGCUACAAUAUCUGCUAUCAAAAGAGAUGAAAUUUGAUAAUCUUGUUCGACUGUGGGAUUCAUAUUUCUCCAUGCCAGAUCCAUUAGAAUUUCAUCCAUUUGUUUGUCUUGCCAUCUUGAGAAACGCUCGAGAGAACCUAGAAGAUCUUGAACAAUCCGAGAUUCGCACCAUGCUUCUUCGUCUCCCUUUUAUGGAUAUGCAACCAAUAAUUGCUGAAGCCUAUAAUCUACGUCAUGAGACGAUGGAAAGACAAUUGUUUGAGGAAAGCGAGAUGCUGUAG